UUCCUCUGCACUCGGUCCCCUGCACCACCUUCUGCCAAAGCCAUGUGUGAAGAGGAGACAACAGCCUUGGUGUGCGACAAUGGCUCUGGGCUCUGCAAGGCUGGCUUUGCUGGGGACGAUGCGCCUCGCGCAGUCUUCCCCUCCAUUGUGGGACGCCCACGUCACCAGGGCGUGAUGGUGGGAAUGGGCCAGAAAGACAGCUACGUGGGGGACGAGGCCCAAAGCAAGAGAGGAAUCCUGACUCUGAAGUACCCCAUCGAGCAUGGCAUCAUCACCAACUGGGACGACAUGGAGAAGAUCUGGCACCACUCCUUCUACAAUGAGUUGCGAGUGGCCCCGGAGGAGCACCCCACGCUGCUCACAGAGGCACCUCUGAACCCCAAGGCAAACCGGGAGAAGAUGACCCAGAUUAUGUUUGAGACCUUUAAUGUCCCGGCCAUGUACGUUGCCAUCCAGGCAGUCUUGUCUCUUUACGCAUCUGGCCGAACCACCGGUAUCGUCUUGGACUCUGGUGAUGGUGUCACUCACAAUGUGCCCAUUUACGAAGGUUACGCUCUGCCACACGCAAUUAUGCGCCUGGAUCUGGCUGGCCGGGACCUUACGGACUACCUCAUGAAGAUCCUCACCGAGAGAGGCUACUCCUUUGUCACCACCGCGGAAAGAGAAAUUGUGCGGGACAUCAAGGAGAAGUUGUGCUACGUCGCCCUGGAUUUUGAGAAUGAGAUGGCAACGGCGGCUUCCUCGUCAUCCCUGGAGAAAAGCUACGAGCUGCCUGAUGGACAGGUCAUCACCAUCGGCAACGAGCGCUUCCGUUGCCCCGAAACCCUCUUUCAGCCCUCGUUCAUAGGCAUGGAAUCGGCUGGUAUCCAUGAGACGACAUACAAUUCCAUCAUGAAAUGUGACAUCGACAUUCGCAAGGACCUCUAUGCCAACAAUGUUCUCUCCGGAGGCACCACUAUGUAUCCUGGCAUUGCAGACAGAAUGCAAAAGGAAAUCACCGCCUUGGCUCCCAGCACAAUGAAGAUCAAGAUCAUUGCUCCUCCUGAGCGCAAAUAUUCUGUUUGGAUUGGAGGCUCCAUUCUGGCCUCUCUCUCCACCUUCCAGCAAAUGUGGAUAAGCAAACCAGAAUAUGACGAAGCCGGCCCUUCAAUUGUACACCGGAAGUGCUUCUAAAGACCCAGACCGGAUUAUUCUCAAGCCAGAAGACUCCUCCCUUCUUCCUUUGCAUUGAGUUCUGCAUUGAACCUUGCAAGUAGCAUUAAACACUGUUUUUC